AACAGCGGAGCGGCUACCGGACUCUCACAGGAGCAAGCUGCAACAUGCAAUCCUCCGCAAGCCGGUGCGGACGCGCCUUGGUGGCACUGCUCCUGGCCUGUGGCUUGUUGGGGGUAUGGGGAGAGAAAAGAGGAUUCCCACCUGCCCAGGCCACACCAUCUCUUCUCGGGACUAAAGAAGUCAUGACGCCACCCACUAAGACCUCCUGGACUAGAGGUUCCAACUCCAGUCUCAUGCGUUCCUCCGCACCUGCGGAGGUGACCAAAGGAGGGAGGGUGUCUGGAGUCCCGCCAAGAUCCUUCCCUCCUCCGUGCCAACGAAAAAUUGAGAUCAAUAAGACUUUUAAAUACAUCAACACGAUUGUGUCAUGCCUCGUGUUCGUGCUGGGCAUCAUCGGGAACUCCACACUGCUAAGAAUCAUCUACAAGAACAAGUGCAUGAGAAAUGGUCCCAAUAUCUUGAUCGCCAGCCUGGCUCUGGGAGAUCUGUUACACAUCAUCAUCGACAUUCCCAUUAAUGCCUACAAGCUGCUCGCAGGGGACUGGCCAUUUGGAGCUGAGAUGUGCAAGCUGGUGCCCUUCAUACAGAAGGCUUCUGUGGGGAUCACGGUGCUGAGUCUGUGUGCUCUAAGUAUUGACAGAUAUCGAGCUGUUGCUUCUUGGAGUCGAAUUAAAGGAAUUGGGGUUCCAAAAUGGACAGCAGUAGAAAUUGUUUUAAUUUGGGUGGUCUCUGUGGUUCUGGCUGUCCCUGAAGCCAUAGGUUUUGAUGUGAUUACGUCGGACUACAAAGGAAAGCCCCUAAGGGUCUGCAUGCUUAAUCCCUUUCAGAAAACAGCCUUCAUGCAGUUUUACAAGACAGCCAAAGACUGGUGGCUGUUCAGUUUCUACUUCUGCUUGCCGCUAGCCAUCACUGCGAUCUUUUACACCCUGAUGACCUGUGAGAUGCUCAGAAAGAAGAGUGGUAUGCAGAUUGCCUUGAAUGACCACUUAAAGCAGAGACGAGAAGUGGCCAAGACAGUAUUCUGCCUGGUCCUCGUGUUUGCCCUCUGUUGGCUUCCCCUUCACCUCAGCAGGAUUCUGAAGCUCACCCUUUAUGACCAGAGCAAUCCUCAGAGAUGUGAACUUCUGAGUUUUUUGCUGGUUUUGGACUACAUUGGUAUCAACAUGGCUUCUUUGAAUUCCUGCAUUAAUCCAAUCGCUCUGUAUUUGGUGAGCAAGAGAUUCAAAAACUGCUUUAAGUCGUGUUUGUGCUGCUGGUGCCAAACGUUUGAGGAGAAACAGUCCUUAGAGGAGAAGCAGUCCUGCUUGAAGUUCAAAGCUAACGAUCACGGAUACGACAACUUCCGCUCCAGCAAUAAAUACAGCUCAUCUUGAAGGAAGGAACACUCACUGAAUCUCAUUGUCCUCAUCGUGGACAGAUAACAUUAAAACAAAAUGAAACCUUUGCCAAUCCCAAACGUAAAACCGUGCAUGCGGAAAGGUGUGCACGCAUGGGAGAGGGAUUGUUUUUUAGCGGUUCUAACUUUCCACACCUGAUAUUUCACGGGCUGUUUACAACCUAAGAAAGCCAUGGGAAUGAAUGAAGCCUCUGGGAAAGCACUUAGAUUCUUAGUCAGCACUUCAGCACGGCUCUUAAAAGCCCUCAAUGCACUCACAGCCCACUUACAUUUAAAAACAAGAACUUCACUCAAACUCUGUUCAGGGGUUUAUUAUCCAAUCCUGUGAAUCUGGAUACAGGAAAGCAUGACAUUGCAAAACAAUUCGUAAAGCAAAGUUACAAUUGCUCGAUUUGAGACUAAAAAAAAAAAAAAAAAAAAAAAACACUAACAAAGUUUUAUGCAUAGUAUCACCCCCACUAAUCCGAUCGUAACUAUAUGCAAACUGAGAAAGCAAUAUGGUUGGUGCAUUUCUUUAGUCAUUACAGACAUUGAAAUGAUCAGAAGGGGGGAUGAAAAAGAGAGGCGCAGCCUGGAUGUUUGAAAUCAUCAUACUCCUUAACACUCAAAUAGGCACAAAUGUCACAGAGAAAACUUGGGAAAGCUGAGCUGCUAUGCCUGAGACUUCUGAAGUUCCCACACACAUGCUCUACAGAAAGACACAAAACAGAACACUACCUAUGAUUUCUUCAAAGUUCUUUCAAAGAUCCUUUCAUGACUGAAGUUUAAAUUCCACUCGAUUAACUCCAUCAUCUGUAAAUACUUAGCUAUUAGCUAUAAGCACUACACGUAGAUGACUUAACGAAGGGCAGGUCCCAGCGUUCAAAGCUUUCUGACAAAAGAUGCCAGUAACCCGGGUACAGACAGAAUGGGAAUUGCCUGGUGCAGUUGUCCACGUGGCAAAGAAGCAGGGAGCAUCCUUCCAGUCACGCCGCAGCAAAAACGGUCCACGGCACAACACGAUAGCUAAAAUACCAUCGCUUAAUGUCAUAGAAGGUAGUCACUGUAGCCAGCUCUCUUGAGGGCGUAUCGCCAAUUUCUUAUGUUAUUUCUGAAAAUCGCCAACAGAAAGGCAUUCUGGACGUGGUGCUUUUUCUAAAACUUAGAAGCCGAACUGCUUCGGGGUCUGCAAGACCCUCCUCAUUGCGCAUUCUUGUCUAGGUUUUGUUUGUUUUGUUUUGUUUUUUUUUUAAUCUCCUUCCACAGUGUGCCUUAGGUUCACUCCGGACUAGCAGUGUGUGAAAGAACGCCCAAGAGAAAACUGAAGGGAGAGGAAAUGAGGUGGGGCGGGAGGAAACCCGUGGGGAAAGAUUCCCAUUAUUAGCCCUGUGUUCGUCACUGCCGCGUCAUAUCAGUGUGAAAGGUCCUGGUUCGGCUCCAGCAAAACACAGCACAGCAUUCUCAGAAUGACUCGGGAACAAAUCAAAACCCGGGAGCUUUAACGUUGUCUUAAAAUAAAACAGAUUUUUCCUUCCUUCCUUCCUUCUUUCUUUCUUUCUUUCUUUCUUUCUUUCUUUCUUUCUCUCUGUCUCUCUCUGUCUCUCUCUGUCUCUCUCUCUCUCUCUCUCUCUCUCUCUAUAUAUAUAUAUAUAUAUAUACCUUUUAUUUCUUUCUUUUCUUUUCUUUUCUUUUCUUUUCUCUCCUCUUUUCUUCUUGUAACCCAGGCCACAUGUUGAAAAUGAGCUAAGAAUGCAGUUUUCUGCCAAAAUCCACUGUGACAAGACAAUAAACCCAAACAGGACAAUGAGGU